AGCAAAAAUGAUAAUUGAUAUCUUAUGCACAAAGCUCAUAAAGCCAUGUUUGCCUACUCCCCCUCACCUUCAGUGUUAUAAGCUCUCUUUCUUUGACCAAAUAUGUGAGAGAGAACACGUUCCUUCAGUUUUUUUCUUUUCUAAUUAUAAUAAUUUGAACAUUGAUGAACGACUUGAGGAAUCCCUUUCAAAGAUAUUGACUCAUGUUUAUCCAGCAGCAGGAAGGUUUAACGACAAGGAUGAAUAUUGUUCGAUUCUUUGUCUUGAUCAAGGCAUUUCCUAUACUAAGGCAAAGACCGAUUGUACAUUGGACAAUUUCUUGGAGAAAGCACGUAACAACUUUGGUCUUGCAGCUUUAUUUAAUCCAAAUGAAAACAAGAAUAUAGAUGAAACUAAUAUCAUGGUUUCACCAAUUAUCACUACACAAGUAACCAAGUUUAAAUGUGGUGGCCUUGCUUUAUCAAUCAGUUAUGCACACUCUGCAAUGGAUGGUUUCUCAUGUUGUAAAUUUAUUUUUGAGUGGGCAAAAGUGUGUAGAAUGGGGACUCCCGUCGACAAGAUUAAUUUUUUAAGCUUCAAUAUGGGUAAUAUUUUCCCGACAAGAGAUAUAAUGGGACUUUUCAAGUCAACCUGCACUCCACUUAUAGAACAAGAUAUUGUUGUUAAGAGAUUUGUCGUCCGUGAGGCUGCUAUGUCAAAACUCAGAAAAAAAUGCAUUGAUGAAUCAGAUGGAGCUUUGACUUUUCAACCUUCAAGGGUUGAGAUUAUUACGGCACUCCUAUGGAGGACUUUAAUACGUGCUACAGCGACCAUAAAUGGAUAUUUCAAGCCUUCUCUAAUGAGCUUUCCAAUGAAUAUGCGCGCCAAAAUACCAUAUUUACCUCUAGUGAAAAACUCUAUGGGAAAUUUUAUAAUUGAUGUUCCAGUAAAAUUCAUACCAGGGGAGACCAAGAUGGAGUUACACCAUUUCAUAAUAUUAAUCAGGAAUGCGGUGAAUAAAGUUAUUGCUUCAUGUGCCAAUGCUUCACCAGAUGAAAUAGUGUCAACAUUGGUUAAUACAUAUAAUGAAAGUAUUCGAUCACCAGAGUGGGGAGGUAAUCACGAAGUUGAUAAUAUAUUAUGUACAAGUCUAUGCAAGUUCCCUGUGCACGAUUCUGAUUUUGGUUUGGGAAAAUCAAAAUUAAUAUUUUUUGGUAUGAAAGAUGCGCAAAUGUUUUGGUUGAAUGAUAUUGGACUUGAAGUUUGUGUGCAAUUGGACUUGAAGGAAAGUUGUAUUGAGUUAUUUGAACGUGACGAUGACAUCAAAGAUCUCAGCUUUGUACGGGAUGCAAAACUUUAAUAUCAUUAUGUUGCUAGUACUUCGCGUUGUUUCUACUUUUUAUUUACGGAUUACUUGGCGCAAUUUGUAUUUUUCUCAGAAUAAUAAAAACAAAAUUUGUGAAAACUAUAAAA